UCACUUUCACUUCUCAGAGAAAACCCCAGUUCUGGUAAAUCAGACUCACGCUGUCCAUGUUUUGAGCACUACUUCCUUUUUAACAUCAGCUCAACGGUCUCUCUCUGAAAGUGGACACAGUUCGACUGUCUGGGCCGCCUGUUACAUAGAGUCUAGCAGUUAGAGCACAUGCUAAACGCAGGGACUCAUCUGCAGUGAAGAAACAUUGACCUCUUCAGGUGGACAAAGGAACUGCAGACAUUGUAGUCGGGCUUUUUGGAACACUCAUCACCCCCAGCUAAAAACACUGACAUCAUGGCGGAGGCCCAGGGACGGUUUCUGGCAAUGCAGAAGCCAAUCUGUCUCAUUUCGAGUUCCAGCGCAGGUGAAAUACAGGUGGAUCGGGAAGCCCUGGACGUUCUGAACUCCAUCAGGCAACAUGUGGUGGUGGUGUCCAUCGUAGGCAUGUACCGCACGGGCAAGUCUUACCUGAUGAACAGACUGGCUGGGAAGCAUACAGGGUUCCCCUUGGGCUCCACUGUCCAGUCUGAGACAAAAGGCAUCUGGAUGUGGUGUGUGCCACACCCUCACAAAGAUGACCAAACUCUGGUCCUGCUGGACACCGAGGGUUUGGGGGAUGUGGCAAAGGGAGACCAGGCUCAUGACACCUGGAUCUUUUCCCUGGCUGUCCUCCUGAGCAGCACGUUUGUCUACAACAGCAUGGGCACCAUCAACAACGAAGCUGUGAUGAGCCUGCACUACGUGACAGAGCUGACCGAGCACAUCAAGGUGAAGUCCAGCAAGGAGAAAGAGGACGUCACGGCUGAGAAAUUCAUCCACUUCUUCCCCACCUUCGUCUGGGCUGUGAGGGACUUCACUCUGGAGCUGAGGAUUGACGGAGAGGCGGUCACUGCGGACGAGUACCUGGAGAACUCCCUGAAGCUGGUGAAGGGCAACUCCAAACACGCGGCGUACAGCAACGGGCCCCGGGAGUGCAUCCGGAACUACUUCCCGACCCGGAAGUGCUUUGUGUUUGACCAGCCCGCCUCCAAGGAGAAGCUGAGGAUCAUCGAGGAGCUGACUGAUGCCGACCUGGAGCCGGCCUUCGUGCGGCAAACGCUCGAGUUCUGCAGCUACAUUUUCAAGCACUCCAAAGAGAAGACGAUGACCGGAGGGUAUAAGGUCACCGGACAGAUGCUGGGGAACUUGGCGGUGACGUACGUGGACGCCAUUCGUAGCGGGAGCGUCCCGUGUUUGGAGAACGCCGUGGCGGCACUGUCUCAGAUCGAGAACUCGGCGGCGGUCGAGGAGUCUUUCGCCCUCUACAGGCAGCUGCUGGGAGAGCGGGUGAAACUGCACACUGAGACUCAAGAGGAGCUCUCAAGCGCUCACGAGGGCUGCCUGAAGGAGGCGCUGCAGCUCUUCAUGAAUCGCUCCUUCAAGGACGAGGACCAGAGCUUCCAGAGACACCUCAUGGGACGAAUAAAAGAUGAGUAUGAUGGGAAAUGUAGUGAGAAUGCAGUGCUCUCCCAGAGUCACUGCACUGCUCUACUACAACAGCUGUGGUCUCAGAUGGACUACGAGUCAUUCAUGAGACCUGGCGGGUAUGCGGACUACAGGGUCCAGCUGGACUCCAUCGUCCAAACCUACAGAGACACACCUGGGAAAGGUGUACAGGCAGAACAGGCUCUGGAGAUCGUCAUGAAGGAGAAAAAUGAUCUGGGUGCCUCCAUCCUGAAGGCCGACAGGAACCUCACAGAACAAGACAGGAAGCUGAAGGAGGAGGAAGCUCGCGUGCAGAUGGAGAGAUUUAAGGCAGAGGUGGCCAGGAGGAAUCAGGAAGACGCGGUGAAGCGUUUGGAGGACGCUGAGAAAGCUCACAGAGAGAACGAACAGCAGCUGAUGGACAAGUUGGAGAGGGAGCGGCGCGCCAUCAUCGAGGAGAACCAGAAAGUUCUCGACCAGCGCCUGAAGGAGCAGAGAGCGCUGAUCUCCGAGGGGUUCGAGCAAAGAGCGAGGGCGAUGGAGGCUCAGGUGCAGUCCUUGCAGCAGCAGUUAUCAUCAUCCAGGAGCAGAGGUGGGGGUGGUGGCUGUGUCCUCCUCUAAUUACAUCUUGACGGGUGAAGGCGCCGUCCUGCUUGAUGUCGUAUUUGCAGGUCCACGUCCAUAUUAAAUAUGCAAUGAUACUAUUAGUUACUAUUAGUAUAUGUUUCUUUAGGGAAGACUUUAUUUCACCUAUAGGCCUGGAUCGCCCUGUUUAUGCUGCAUUUUGGCACAACCAAUCUCUUGAUCAGUUAUGGUUUAUGAAAACAUGUAUUUGAAGUUCUGCUUUUAAUUAAACUUGAUUUAACUCAA